UCGAACGCACCUUUGUUCUGGCGUGUCUUUACGUAGCUGCGUCACUCCUAUUUGUUCCUUCCCGGUGCGUGCACGGCGUCCGCUAUCAAACUCACAGAAAUCAUGGCGUCCCUAUCCAUGGCCCCAGUGAACAUCUUCAGGCAAGGAGCUGACGAGGAGAAAGCUGAGACCGCCCGUCUGUCGUCCUUCAUCGGUGCCAUCGCCAUUGGAGAUCUGGUGAAGAGUACCUUGGGACCAAAAGGAAUGGACAAGAUCCUUAUCGGAGGUGGCAGGGAGGGAAGUGUUACAGUCACCAAUGAUGGGGCCACCAUCCUUAAAGCCAUCGGAGUGGACAACCCCGCUGCCAAAGUGUUGGUUGACAUGUCCAAGACCCAGGAUGAUGAGGUUGGAGACGGCACCACCUCUGUCACGGUAUUGGCUGCUGAACUGCUCAGGGAAGCUGAGCUCCUCAUCGCCAAGAAGAUCCACCCUCAGAUCAUAAUCUCUGGCUGGAGGAAGGCCACCCAGGCAGCCCGCCAGGCUCUGAAGGAGGCUGCUGUGGAUCAUGGUAACGACCAGGUGAAGUUCCAG